CGAGCCGCUCCGGGCCUUCCUUCCCUCGCGGCCCCGUCGGAGCGUCUGAGUGGACGUGGUUACGUCCUCUCCCAAGAAAAAGUGUCCAGGACACUUCGCGGGUGGCAGAACCGAGGAAGGAAGCAACCCUCAAGGCGGGAAGAAGAUGUUCAAAACUAUAAGGAAUCACCCCAGUAAUGGAUCUCUGUCCGGAAAGUGAGACUGUUGGAGAAAAUAAUGAAAGCAAGAAAAUUGAAGACGCAGAAGAAACGGCAGUGACUUUAGGUUGUCCAGAUGAGAGAAGGGAGAGGAAUCAUGUUUGCUGUCUUCUCGGGAUCAGCGACCUCACGUUGGAAGAGGAUGAACGGGCCAGCGAGUUUGCCAUCAACACCGGGUGGGAAGAAGCCGUCCACGGCUGGGGAAGGACCUCACCAACUGCCUGCAUCUGGUCAAGAAAGAAAGUGAAAAAGGGAAAGGCGGGAGAAGGCACCAGUGGCGGCAGCAACUGCUUGUUCUGCAUGAGCCUUUCUCAAGGGAGUCUGGAGGCUCAUCCCCUCUCAGAGGUCGGGAAACCGGAGGCCGGUGCUGUGGCCGAGGUCAGCCCCGAGAAGAGCUGCAGCCCCGAGAAGUGCGGCGGCCCCGAGAAGAGCUGCAACAGCCCCUCCCAGGGCCCCAGCACCGCUUCCAGAGAGCCUAACAAACUGUGCUUUCCCACGUACUUGCAUGGAGAAAAAAAAAGCCUGCAAAUCAAGGAAUUUAUCUGGUGCAUGGAAGAUUGGGGCAUUCCUGAGGCAGUUAGCAGCAAGACCUGCAGAAACCCCUGCGGAAGCACUGACCGGGGCCUCUCCAUCUCCGACUCCCUCAAUUCCAAGGCCCUCAUGGUUCUGCCCCCACUGAAAAACUCUCCCCCCAGCAGCUUGGAUGUCCUGAGUAAGAAGAGCAGGAAUAUUUUCUGGCAGCCGGAAGAAAAGGCGCUAAGGACGGAAAAGGAGGAGUGUGUGGCUUGUCCAGAUGGAUUGAAGACAGUUGAUGGGAAAAGUGAAAAGAGACACUUUGAGCUGGCCAGCCACAUGAAGGUCACCGACAUGCUGCCUUUCUCUCCCUCUGGGGCCCAGACACACCUGCUGGGAGCAGAGUCUCCAAGGUGCUGCCUGCACUGGUCCCUCCUGCCCCAGAAGAGCUCUAUGUACCCAUCCAGCCCCACCAACAUCCACUAUCUUGCCACCUUGCAGGUGUUGCAUAAGCAGGGCGUGCAGAACUGCAGGGCCAGGCUCAAAGGCAAGGACCCCAAACCUGCCAGGAGCACCCACAAGCACCUCCUCCCAGAGGCCAAGCAGGAAAACAGGCCUCGAGCGCUAGAGAAGAAAAUGUUCCCCAAACCUCUCCUGCCGUCCCUCACAGUGAGCAGAGUUGUCAUCCCUGUCUCUACUCACAGAGUCCUCUGAUUUGUCACAAUAUAAUUUCCUGGGAAUAA